UGGUAACGGGAGGGCUAAUAGAUCGAGUGUUCCGUCACAGUCGAGCGUUGAUCGAAGCCGACUUCUUCAUGGAUCAGGACCACGAGUCGCCAGUUCUUCUGUCCUCGUACGAUUUGCUCUGUCGCAUCUGUUGCCACUUAAAGAAGUCAACGGAUCAAGAGGCGGGAUCUGUUCACGAAGGCAACAACAACAACGUCGAGCAGACGAACGUCGAGUCGCACAUCCUCUCGACGCUGGCCUCGACCGAAGCUGCGGGCGCGAUCGGCGCGCUUUACGCCGCGGUCGCGCUCACGCCGCAAAAUCAGAAAGGAUCCUCACCGACCCCCAAUCAGAUCACCGUCUCCCAAUCAAUGAGGAUUCUCAUCGUUCGCAGCCUUAGGCUACUUAAAUCGACCGCUGGAUUGAACAUCCAGAAAUUACAGAAUCUCUUAGGAGCCGAAGGUACCAGCUUGCAAUGGCGACUGAUAGCUAGUCAUGUGAUAACUCGAUUAUCACGAGAUCCAAUAUCGCACAAGCCGGAAAUUGGAUCUGCGCAGAACACUAGUGGUACUUACAUCCUGUCAGAACUGUUCCAGGUUCUGGGAUAUUUUGCAGUUAACAACCCGGAAAAUCAGUUGGUACUUCAAUCGGCUGGGGCAGGACCGAGCGUUCUUCAGCAACUAUGUACUCUUCCGUUUCCGUUUUAUGGGGCUCCAGGGCUAAUGUCGUAUAUUUUCCCGACGCUCUUGGCAGCCACGCAUCAAAAUCCAGAGGCUACAGCGAUUCUGUCUUGCGAAUUAUCUUACCAGUUGCUGGAGGAGUACAGAAAUUCCGACGACGGAAACAAUAGCUGCAGAGAAUGCAAGUUUUUCCUCUUUGAGACAUUAUUAAAUUAAUAGUGCUGCUAACGAUUAUCUCGAGUUUUCCUCAACACGUUGACCAUCACCCGAGAUUUACAUACGUAUAUGUUUUGUUUAAUGAACAAUUAAUUUUUUUUGUUAAAUAUUAUAUUACAACGAAAGUGCAAUUUUCAGUUUAUAGUAUAUACAGUAUGUAUUUAAUUAUUUAUGUUAUUUAAAAUUUCUUUUUCUGUUAUUCAUCUUAGUUUAACUUAGUUGCAAUCCUAGUUUUUGAUUUUUGUUCAAGCGAUUCAAUCUUCAAGUAUCUCUCUCAUUUUAUACAUGUACUUAUAGAAAAUACAUGUACGUGGGAAAUUGUGGUUUUUUUAAAUAUUUUGAGAAAGAACAAUUUUAAAAAAUUCCAAUGUAGGAAAUGAAAUAAGAUUCACAUAUUUAAAUGUAUUAGAACAAGUUAAGUUACAUUGUCCAUAUACUUUUUGGUGGGCUUUGGUUAUUCAAGAUAUCAAUAUGUCACUGGAAUUUUACUUUAUAUUAUUUUAUCGCUUAAAUGAACUUUCAAUUUUACUUAAAUACUUG